AUGGAUUACGAAGCACUAAAGGAGCAGUGGUCAGACAUCGAGGAGCGCGAUGGCAUCCGACUGUCAUGGAACACCUUCCCUUCUUCCCGCAUGGAAGCCAGCCGGCUAGUUGUGCCCAUUGGUGCCCUCUACACACCACUCAAGGAAAAGGCGGAUACACCUUUGCUACAAUACGAGCCAGUCACCUGCAAGCCACCAUGUCGAGCAGUCCUCAACCCCUUCUGCCAAGUGGACAUGCGAGCGAGAAUAUGGAUCUGCCCGUUCUGCUUACAGCGAAACAACCUGCCACCACACUACAAGGACAUCAGCGAGAACCAGAUCCCACCUGAGCUUCACCCAGGCAGCACAACAAUCGAGUACCGACUCUCCCGGCCAGCGCCCACACCUCCGAUCUUUGUAUUUGUGGUCGACACAUGCCAGGAGGAGGAUUCACUUAAGGCGCUCAAGGACAGUAUCAUCAUGUCUCUGGAUCUGCUACCACCGCAUGCCCUUGUUGGUCUGAUUACGUACGGUACCAUGGCACAAGUGCACGAGCUGGGGUACACGGAGUGCGCCAAAUCCUAUGUCUUCCGUGGUAACAAGGACUACAAUGGCAAGCAGGUGCAAGAGAUGCUUGGUUUGGUGCAAGGCGCGAGGCCAGGCAUGCAGCAGAUGCAACCUCGACCGGGUCAACCUGCGCCUCCACCAAUGGGCGGUGCUGGCCAGCGCUUCUUGCUGCCGGUACAGCAGUGCGAGUACCAGCUCACCAAUGCACUAGAGAGCUUACAAAAGGAUCCUUGGCCUGUUGCGAACGACAAACGUGCCAUUCGCUGCACUGGUGUUGCCCUAUCAGUAGCUGUCGGCCUGCUCGAGACGAGCUUCCAGAAUUCUGGUGCUCGAGUAAUGCUGUUUACUGGUGGAGCUGCGACAGAAGGUCCAGGUAUGGUGGUCGGACCCGAGCUCAAGGAGCAGAUCCGGUCUCACCACGACAUUGAUCGUGACAACAUCAAGUACUACAAGAAGGCGCUCAAGUUCUACGAUACACUGGCCAAGCGAACUGCACAUAAUGGCCACGUAAUUGACAUCUUCGCUGGCUGUCUUGACCAGGUCGGUCUACUGGAAAUGAAGGGCCUGCCCAAUAGUACUGGCGGCCACAUGAUACUCACCGACUCCUUUACCUCAUCCAUGUACAAGCAGUCUUUCGCCAAGAUCUUCGACACCGACUCGCAAGGCAAUUUGGCAAUGGGCUUUAAUGCUUCCCUCGAAGUGCUAUGCAGCAAAGAGCUCAAGGUCACUGGUCUGAUCGGCCAUGCUAUCAGCUUGAACAAGAAGUCCACACACGUUGGCGAGACCGAAUGCGGGAUUGGCAACACAUGCUCGUGGAAGAUGUGCGGUAUCGACCCUGCAGCAUCCUACGGCGUGUACUUCGAAGUCGCCGGCCAAGGCGGUCCCGCAGCAGCAGCAAUGCAGCAAGGCCCACAAAAAGGCCUCAUCCAGUUCCUCACCUACUACCAACACAGCGCCGGCCAAUACCACCUCCGAGUCACCACAGUCGGCCGCAACAUCUGCGCGCCAUCCGGCGACCCAGCCCUCGCUCAAUCCUUCGACCAAGAAGCCGCCGCAGUCCUCAUGUCCCGUAUCGCAGUCUUCAAAGCCGAAGUGGACGACGGUCCUGACGUCCUCCGAUGGGUCGACCGCAUGCUUAUCCGUCUCUGCUCCCGCUUCGCCGAGUAUCGCAAAGACGACCCUACGUCUUUCCGCUUGGAGAAGAACUUCACCCUCUACCCCCAAUUCAUGUUCCAUCUACGCCGAUCACAAUUCCUUCAAGUCUUCAAUUCAUCUCCCGACGAGACGGCCUUCGAUCGGCAUGUGCUGAAUCAUGAGGAUGUGGGCAAUAGUCUGGUCAUGAUCCAACCGACGCUGGAUAGUUAUACUUUUGAUCAAGAAGGUGCGGUGCCGGUGUUGUUGGAUUCGACGAGUAUCCAGCCUCAGACUGUGCUGUUGCUUGAUACGUUCUUCCAUAUUCUCAUCUUCCACGGCGAGACGAUGGCUGAGUGGAGGAAAGCUGGAUACCAGGAUAUGGAAGGAUAUGAGAAUUUCAAGGAGUUGCUAGAGGCGCCGAAGGAGGAUGCGAGGGAACUCAUCCAAGACCGCUUCCCACUUCCCCGCUUCAUCGUCUGCGAUGCUGGGGGCUCACAGGCGCGUUUCCUGCUCGCCAAACUCAACCCUUCGACCACACAUACCAGCUCGAGCUAUGGCGGCGUGACGCAGACUGCGCAGACGAUCUUCACGGACGAUGUCAGUUUGCAGACUUUCAUGGAUCACUUGAUGAAACUCGCUGUCAGCGGAACGAGCUAG